AUGAGUAAACGAUUUUCCAUCUUCUACUCUCUUUUACUUCUCUUCUUUGGAUCAACGGCUCUGCUUCCUCUGGUCACCGGUGACCUCGCCGGCGACAGACAAGCCCUUCUCGACUUCCUCAACAACAUAACUCACACGCGGUCUCUAGCUUGGAACGCAAGCAGCCCUGUAUGCGCCACGUGGCCAGGCGUCACGUGCGAUAAAGACGGCACACGUGUCACCGCCCUUCACUUGCCCGGAGCAAGUCUUCUUGGAGUAAUCCCUUCGGGAACUAUCGGCCGUCUAUCGGAGCUUCAGAUCCUCAGUCUCCGAUCCAACGGCUUACAAGGUCCGUUCCCAAUUGAUUUCUUGCAGCUCAAGAAACUCAAAGCGAUUAGUCUCAGCAACAACAGAUUCUCCGGUCCACUACCGUCCGAUUACGCCACGUGGACGAAUCUCGCCGUUCUUGAUCUGUUCGGUAACCGGUUUAACGGUAGUAUUCCAGCGGGAUUUGCUAAUCUGACCGGACUAGUCUCGCUUAACUUGGCUCAGAACUCGUUUUCCGGUGAGAUUCCGGAUCUUAAUCUCUCCGGUCUACGCAGACUUAACUUUUCCAACAACAAGCUCACCGGAUUAAUCCCAAAGUCUCUGGAAAGAUUCGGGAACUCGGCUUUUUCCGGCAACAACUUAAUUUACGAAAAUGUCCCUCCUCCGAUGGCUUCACCGGAAGAGAAACCAAAGGAGAAACGUGGGAUCUAUCUUUCAGAGCCCGCGGUUCUCGGGAUAGCGAUUGGGGGUUGCUUCGUGAUAUUUUUCCUAAUCGCGGUUCUGAUAAUCAUUUGCUAUGUGAAGAGGAAGAGGAGGCAAGCAACAGAAACAGAGACAAAACCAGAGAAGUUGAAGCCGGCAAAGGCAAAUCCACAGAAGCUACCAAGUGUGAAGGAAGUUUCUAAAUUAGGAAAAGAGAAGAAUAUAGAAGACAUGGAAGACAAGAGCGAAAUUAACAGAGUAAUAUUCUUUGAAGGAAGCAAUCUUGCUUUUAACUUGGAAGACUUGUUGAAAGCUUCUGCUGAAUUUCUUGGGAAGGGAAGUUUCGGGAUGACGUAUAAAGCGAUUCUAGAAGAUUCCAAAGUCGUCGCGGUUAAGCGAGUGAAGGAUGUCGUGGUGUCGCGGAAGGAUUUCAAACAUCAAAUGGAGAUCGUUGGAAACAUUAGGCACGAGAACGUUGCCCCUUUAAGGGCUUACGUGUGUUCCAAGGAAGAGAAGCUUAUGGUCUAUGAUUACUACCCUACCGGAAGUCUCUAUACUCUUCUUCACGGCAAGAACGGCAGCGACGAGGGGCACGACCCGUUGAACUGGGAAACGAGAUUGAGAUUCAUGAUCGGAGUAGCAAAAGGAUUAGCUCACAUACACACACAACAUAAGCUCGCACAUGGCAACAUCAAAUCAUCUAAUGUCUUCUUGAAUUCCCAAGGAUAUGGAUGUAUAUCGGAAACCGGUUUAGCUGUGUUAACCAACCCGGUAACUAACCAGAUUAUGAGGAGAGAUCCAUCAGCUAGACCGGUACUUCAUUACCGUGCCCCAGAAGCAACCGAUACGAGGAGAUUGACGCCGGAAUCAGACGUAUACGGUUUCGGAAUCUUGUUGCUAGAGACUCUGACUGGAAAAUCGAGUAUGGAUAAUGAAAAGGAAGCGGAUAGUUUGGUUUCAUGGGUGAAUUUUGUUGUGAAACACGAAUGGACAGGUGAAGUGUUUGAUUUGGAGCUUAUCAAGACUCCUAACGUUGAAGCAAAGUUGCUUCAGAUGUUGAACUUAGGGCUCGAUUGUGCGGAAAGGGCUCCAGCAAAGAGACUGGAGAUGGUGAAAGUGGCUGAGACUUUGGAAAAGAUUGAGAGUGACUAG